AUGAAUUAUCUCCGGGGGGCUGUCAGCGCAAUUAGUGCACCUUAUCAGUACUACAAGGAUAUCAAUCCCGCCACCCUCACCGGCGCCAUCGACGUCAUCGUGGUCAGUCGUCCCAAGCAGCAACCCACCGAUACUAGCCAGGAACAUGCACAGCAGGUCGAAGGAAACGAGCUUGUAUGCUCGCCAUUCCAUGUCAGAUUCGGGAAGUGGCAAGUACUCAGGCCGGGAGACAAGAAGGUCAAUCUGUUCGUCAAUGGAGACUUGGUGCCAUUUCCGAUGAAGAUUGGGGAAGCAGGCGAGGCAUUCUUUGUGUUCGAGACGGACGAGGAUGUCCCGGAAGACCUUGUUACCAGCCCAUUGCUUGAGGCAACGAAGCCUGGACAGACCAACGCUGAUGUGGAGACCGCAGGCCGCUUUGGUGCACAGGAGGGUCCGGAAUCCACGCCGGAAGCUGGGGAAGAGAUUUCAUUUUCACAGGAGCCCGACUUCCUCGAUCUAAACGCAUCCGGUUCUGAAAGGCGAACACCGGAGCCGCGGCUACAGGACGCGCAGGAAGGCGUAUCCGAGCCAUCAUUAUUCUCUCGUACGGCUCACCUUGGAAAGACUGUCGUUGAGGCCGCGAUAGGAACAGAGAAGGUACUGAAGGAUAAGCUCAAGGAGGAGAUUGUCAAGGAUGCCAUUUCUGAGGUGGCGCAUGACGAUCAAACCGCUCUGAAGAAGAAGGCCAUCGCUGCACAAAACGGGGCAGAGAAUUUGCGGAGGAGCUUCCUUGAAGGGAAGGGAGAUGAAGUCCUGCCGGACACGAAGGCUCAGGGUCCGGAGGUUGUUUAUGCCAAUGACAUGGUCUUCGACAUGGAGGGAUAUCAUUCACACGAGCGUGGUCGUUCCGGUGAUACUGUCGCACUCAAGCACGGUGGGUCUCCUUCAAGCGAGCCCAGUACGCCAGGGUCAUCUCGAAGCCCAUCGCCAUCCGCCUCCUCUUCCGCACUCGUUCCUUUCCCCACCAUUCGCGCAAAGUCCGAGCCACCACCUGAGCACGAAACCAGGCUGACCCCAUCUGUGGUCACGUCCAGCUCGCCGACCAGCCCACCGACGCACACAUUAUCGGAUCGCAUGCACGCAACACAACCGAAGUUCGUGCAACACAGGCUCUCCUCACUUCCCGCAUCACAGGAUGCAGACACAGAGGAGUACAUGUGGGAUUGGGGCAGCUUUCCUCAGCGUACGCCCAUUCGGACGGCGUUCCCGCCUUUCGAUGGAAGUAGUGUGAAGGAGAAGGGAAAGGAACGGAUGGUAGACUUGGGCCUGAACACGAGCGUAGACAGGGGGGGAGAUGGAGAUACGGUGGUGGCAUCCCCGCUGUCGCCCUUGGAGAGCGACGGUGAGAAAGAGGAAAGUCGUAAGUUUGGUGAGGGCGGACGGAUUGGAGUCGAUAGGAGAGACCCCACACGGUUCAGAGUGUCGAUCGAGGGACGGACGGUGGACUUUGAGUUGAGUGUAAUUCCCGGUAUUAGCAAGGAGAAUCGGACGGGCGAGGGUCCGUUAGGCGGGGAAAAUGAGGUGAUGGAUCCUCAGCGAUUUGAUGGCGGAAAGAUUGAUUUCCAACGAUUCCUGGACGAUGAGAGGGUUGUCAAGGACCCAGACCUUACUAUGAGAUGGGCUGGGGAUACAUAUAUCACGCGUAAAGAUGCUUCUCCGCUCUUCGAUGCACUUAUUCCCUGGCGCGAGGCGGCUCUGCGUGGCAAGCUUACCACGUCUCCAUCGCGAUCGCCGUCGCCGGGCUGGGACGGCCGUUCGCGCCUUAAUAACAUCGAGGAGGAGGCACCAUAUUCGGACGAUGAGCAGCGGAGGGCCGACAUCGCGAAGACGACUGCAAACACGAGUAACACAGAAGGUGCGGUAACACAUCUGUCAUCAUCGUCCUGGGUACGGUGGUGGAGUCGUAGCCGGAGGACGGAUAAUGCACAAAGGCCAGGAUUGAGAGCUAUGAACACGGCGCCAUCCACACUACAUAGAACAAGAUCUGAACACGUUGAGACAGUCCAUCUUGCAGUGGCGAGGCGCUCAUCAUCUCUAGCGCCGCCGUCGCCUGUACUAAUACUCGAGCCUGAGAUGCCCGCUUCAGAAGCAUCCUCAGAGGAAGAGAAGCCGAGGAGGAGGAAGCGGUACGCGAAGACAUUACGGCUGACGUCAGACCAGCUGAAAUCACUCAAAUUGAAGUCCGGCGCGAAUAGCAUCACGUUCUCGCUGUCUGCCACUGGAGCGGUUGCAUGCACGGCGCGACUGUUCGUGUGGAAGCACACAGAUCAGGUCGUAGUAUCCGACAUCGACGGCACGAUCACGAAGUCCGAUGCAUUGGGCCACGUCUUCACGAUGAUCGGGCGUGAUUGGACGCAUCUUGGCGUGGCUAAGCUGUAUACGGACAUCUGCCGGAAUGGCUAUAAGAUACUCUAUCUCACCUCGAGAGCGAUCGGACAGGCAGACACAACGCGUGACUAUCUGAAGGGCAUCAGGCAGAAUGACUACCAGCUGCCAGAGGGCCCUGUCAUCAUGAGUCCGGAUCGUCUCCUGGCCUCAUUCCACCGGGAGGUCAUCUUACGCAAACCGGAAGUGUUCAAGAUGGCGGCUCUGAGGGACAUCCAGAAGUUGUUUGGGAACACUGCGAAGAAUCCCUUCUACGCGGGCUUCGGAAACCGUAUCACAGAUGCCCUGUCCUACCGUAGCGUGAAUAUUCCGAGCUCGAGGAUAUUCACUAUUGACUCGUCCGGCGAGGUGAAGAUGGAGUUGCUCGAAUUGGCUGGAUACAAGUCAUCGUAUAUUCACAUGACAGACUUAGUCGACCAAAUGUUUCCGCCAAUUAACAAGAAGUGGGCGGCGGAAUACACGGACUUCAACUUUUGGAAACCUCCUAUACAGGAGUUCGCUCUGCCCGACCUGUCACCACCAUCGCCCGCCUUAAGUGCGCGGUCCGAUACGUCCAAUCAGAGCGCGUUGGCUCGCUUGCGACAUUUCAGUCUCGGAGGCGGCAGACAGGCGAACAACAUGUCAAAGUUUACAUUGCCCCCACCAGCUACGGCGACACAUGGAGCAGAGGACGACGGACGCAAGACCGAAAUGCAUUUGCGACAGAUGUCGUCGUUUGAGAGGCUGAGCAGCACACUUGUGGGCCUUGCCUCCCCUCUCAGUAGCCCACGGUCGAGCACGCCCACCUUCAUCGAUUCUGGCUCAGAAGAUGAGGACUACGAGGGAGAUUUGGGUAAACAGAAGGGGCGGCGACGACAACGCCGAGAGAGCAUGCCCGGAUCGCUACCCGGAUCGGAUGGUUCUGUCUCCGACGACGACCUCCAAUUUACGGUCGACGACCAUAACGGUUACGAGUAUGAUAGCAGCAAGGAGGACGAAGCUGCGAAUGAGACAUUUGAUGAGGAUCUGCUGGCGGCAGGAGAGAUGGAGAAGGUGCCAUUCUUGUGA